AAAGAUUGAGCUCGUUUAAAUAUCACUGAGAGUUACUAUCGAGUUACUAUAGACUUGGUCACUUCUACACUGGAGGAUUUUGAGAUUCCAAGAAUCCCUCCAAAUGAAAACCCCCUAGGGUUUAAGUAAAAGUCCAUGACCAGCUCCGUGGUCUCGGUCUCCUCUCGCUACUGCCACUUCCCUGGAUCCUCCACUGCGAGCAAGAAAGAUAAGGUAGCAUCCUCUCUCUCUCCCUCGAUUUCCAGGAGCAAGCUAGAAUGCAAGCACCCAGAUCCUCGUCCCGGCCACCAGCAGCGCAUUCUUGUAUCUAGGAGGGCUUCCAGAUCCUCCAAAGCCAAGGCCAGCGAGGAAGAAGAGGACGACGAUGGCGAUCCAGACGCAGCGGCAUCCACCAGUGGCAAAUCCGAGAAGGAGCGGGCGCGCGAGGAGCUGAAGUGGCUGUGGGGGAGAGGAUGGGCGCCAUGGGAGGAGGUCCACCCACCGGAGAAUCACUUCGCGCUCAAGAGCUUGGGCGAUGCGUCGGUGGAGAAUCCGCGGCUGCCGGAGGGCGUGAUCGAGCUGCUGGACAAGAAGCCCAAGAGGGAGAAGAAGGCCCCCGAGGUGAGAGAGGUGGAGGAGGAGCUGGAUUUCCACAGCGUGGCGUUUGCGCUGAUUCCUCCCAGGGAUUGGCCGCCGCCGGGGUGGGAAGUGGAUCAAAAGGAGCUGGAGUUCAUCCGCGAGACGCACACCAUGUAUGAGAAUGUGGUGGUGGAAAAGAAGGAUUUGGAGGGCGCUAGAGCUCACGAUGAUCCGGGGAUUUCUCUCUCGCGAUGGGAGACUUUCGUAAAACAAUAUGAUGAAUGGGUGGCCGCCAACAAGGAAAGACUAGACAAAGAAGCUCUCGAGGUUGAUCCCGAGUACUCUCCUGGUAGACGACGCACAGGAGCACGGUACACUGAUGGAAUGUAUGAGCUUCCAUUUAUAUAUCCCGGACAGCACCAUGUGGGCAUGAUCGUCCACAUUGAUAAACACGAUGGUGCUUUCAUUUACUUUGGUUGCGUUCACGACGGCUGGGUCGGAAUUCAAGACAAUGACUGGUUCAAGCUGCGGCAUAUCCUUGAAGUCGGGAGCAUUGUCGAGGUGGAAGUGCUUGCUAAGCGAGAUCCUUACCGCUAUCGUUUCCCAAUCGAGAUGAGGUUCGUGAACCCCAACAUCGACAAAGACAUAUUUAGAAGAUUCAAGUAUCCCCCAAUCAUACAACGACCAGGAGAUGGACACGAUGAGGAAGUCGCUAGAGAAACAGGGAGACCUUUUACUCUAGAGCUGGAGCCAACCUUUGCUGAUGAACCGGAUCCCAGAGAAUGCUCUCAUCCAUACAUCCCCAAGCUCCGGCAUUUGUACAUUUGCGAGCAAUCGAUCCUAGAUGACGAAGAGGGCACCGGGGAUGAAGUGGAAGUCGAAGACGAGAAAGGAGACGAGACGAACGGCGAGGAAGAAAAAGUUCCUGAACCCACCAAAGAAGAAUGGUAUGAGUACGUGAACCAGGUAGAGAAAGAGCUUACCGACGAGGAGGACCUCGACGACGACGAUGAGCAACUGAUCAAGAGGAAGGCAGCAAGGAAAAAUCCGGGCGUCGUUGGGAUUUUAGCACCAACAGCAGCUGUUCCAUAUCGAUCAUUCCUUGUGAACAUUGACAAAGCGGAGCUUGAGCUGGACGUUGCUCGCGAAGAAAGGCAGACGAGAAACCGGCUUUACAACGAAGCUGCUGCUCAAGGCGACAAGCACGUAGAUAUCCCACUUCCAAAGCGCCAAGUGAUGAUGCUGGAGCUAGAGCGAAUGCACAGACAGCGGUGCCGAGAGGAAGAAGAAGCUCUGAUGCGUGAUGCUACCUGCCGGUUAGAAGCUGGACUUCCAGCUUGUGAUCCAAGGUUCUCGGACGAUCCAUGGCCUGAGAACAAGUUCAAUCCACUGAAGAAGAUCUGGCAAGCCGACUACAUUGGUGAUCCCAAAAAGUAUAAGUUCGGAAGGAGGAAGCGUGACAAACGUCCCAGGCAUCGCAUGACAAUGAAAAGAAGCACAGCGGCAUCUGAGCAACAGGCUCCGUAGCUAGAAAAAAAGAAGAUCCUUCGACCUUGAGGACAAGAACACAGUAUGAUCUUGCGAGAUACGAAGUGCUCUCAACUCGCAAGCACAAAGUUGCUUUUACGCAAACUUGACAUUGUAUAAUGAGAUAUCUCACCGAGUAAUAUAUCCUCAGCGUCUCAUUCAGUC